AUGAUUAUACCGAUUCGUUGUUUCACUUGUGGUAAAGUGAUUGGUAAUAAAUGGGACGUUUAUUUGGGUUUGCUGCAAUCCGAAUUUUCUGAAGGUGAUGCAUUGGAUGCACUGAAUUUACGACGAUACUGUUGUCGAAGGAUGUUACUGUCGCAUGUUGAUCUGAUUGAAAAACUUCUCAAUUAUCAUCCUCUUGAAAAGUGA